CGAUCACGUGACGAACGGAAGUAGGCUCGGAGCGCAAACGAAGAUGAGCCCCAUGAACACCGGCAUCUCACGCUGAUGCGAUUUCGGAUUGCCUGGUCUAACUGCACCCAGUCGUUGGCACGCGCAGAACCCGAAUGUAAGUCAAGCACGCUUUGUUGAUCAACUGUUUGAUCAACAAAGGCCUUAAAGUAGUCGAUGUCGGUAAGUUCAGUUUUGAUGGACGGUAGUGAACUGUGUGCUUAAUAAACGAUCUUCGGAUGCUAGCGAAGCCGCAGGAGCGGCUAGUUAGCUAGCUGGCGAUGAAAGCCAGCGAAGGUUCCGCGAUGGUACCCACUUCGUUGGUACAGAGGAUCGCGCGGCAGGCGCUCGUCACCUUCCGCCAGCCGCCUCACGCCUUCCACGACAAGCACCAGCAGCUGCUGAGCCUCGUGAGGCAGGCGCGAGCCGCCGACCUCAAGCUGCUGCCUCCCGGCUGCGGCUCUCCCCCUUGCCGCGGCACCCCACCGGUCACCUACAUGCAUAUUUGCGAGACGGAGCAAUUCAGCAUGGGCGUGUUCCUCCUCAAGAGCGGCGCCCGCAUCCCCCUGCACGACCACCCGGACAUGCACGGCGUGCUCAAAGUCUUGUACGGUAAACUGCGCGUCAGCUGUUUCGACAGCCUGGACAGGCAGGCAGCCCACUCCAGGCCGCAAGUUGGCGCCAUGCUGCGCUCGGUUCUGCGAUCCAGCGCCGAGUACACUGACUCCAGCGAGCCGUGCGUACUCGAGCCCGACCGCGACAACCUGCACCAGAUCGACGCCGUGGAUGGACCCGCUGCCUUCCUGGACGUCCUGGCGCCGCCCUACGACCCGGACGGCGGUCGCGACUGUCACUACUUCCGAGUGCUCCAAGGGCCCGAACCCCGAGAGCCGAACGGACGCGAGGUCUGGCUCAUGGAGAUCGCGCAGCCUGUGUCAUUCUGGUGCGGGACCGAAGCCUACCUGGGCCCUGAGGUGCGCCUCUGACGCCCCGAUGGGACGUCGAAGCCGCCGAAUGCUUCCGCUCCUGGCAGUGAUCGCGACGAAAGACAUUCUUCUUCCCUGCGACUGACUGACAAGUUGGACAUAGCGAUGUUGUUAUUGAGCC